AUCACUAGGCCGCCAGUCUUUGACCUGACUAGUAGCCAACCAGAUUCCUCACAAGACAGGCCCGCGACAAAGAACAAAGGCAAAGGAAAGGCGAGAUUGGACGUCAUUUUGCAUAAUAAGUCCACUGUAGGCUACGAUCGUUUGUGGGUGGACCGAUACGAACCCACCACCGAGGGCGAACUAGCCGUCAACAAGCGCAAAAUACAAGACGCUCGCCAGUGGCUCCUAGAAGCCCUCGACGGUGGCCCUUCUGGAAAGCUAAGCAAGUAUCGCCGCAUCCUGGCCCUCACGGGUCCAGCAGGCACUGGAAAGACCGCAACGCUACGCGUCCUGUCGCGAGAGCUUGGUUUCGAGAUCGUCGAGUGGCGGAAUAGCAUGGACGAGCGAUUCACGCGCGAAGAUCCUGAUGACGCUGAGUACAAUGUUGAUGGCGAGUGGGAACCGUACGAGGGUCUCUCCGAUAAGUUCCGCAACUUCCUCGCACGCGCAUCGAGCUGCCGCUCUGUGUUCAGUACGCCGGCGUCCAGCAUCCCGCCCUCGUCGUCACAGUCUCAAUCUCAGCCCCUGUCGCGUUCGAAGUCGUUCACACAAAGCCAAAGCCAACCGCGAUCCAGGCAGGUCAUCCUCCUCGAGGACCUUCCCAACAUUCUGCACCCAGGCACACAAACCGCCUUCCACGCAGCGCUCGACGCAUUCGUCGCGCUGCCAGAUACGGGCUCGGCGCCGCUUGUGCUAAUCAUCAGCGACGCGGGGCUGCGCGGUGAGGACACCGACGCAGAUGGUACUGGCGGUAGCACGACCUGGAGGCGCACAAAGGAGGUUGUGGACAUCCGGAGUGUGCUGCCGCCGCACCUAUUGAGCUCCCCAUAUGUCACGCAGAUUGGCUUCCGCCCAAUCGCGCCUACCUAUCUUCGCCCCGCGCUGCAGUCCCUUCUCAACAGGCACUUCACUGGAGGCGGGAGCCCAAUCUCCAAGGACGUCCUAAACCUCAUUGUCGACUCGGCAAACGGCGACAUCCGCAGUGCGAUCAUGGCGCUGCAAUUCGCUUGUAGCGCAAGCGGUAGCUCGACAGGAAAGAAGAAGAAAGGCGGGGACGCGGGUGCCAGGGCAGUGAUAGAGUCGGUGACGCGGCGGGAGCAGAGCCUCAUGCUGUUCCACUUGUUGGGCAAGCUAUUCUAUAACAAGCGGAAGGGCGAUCCGCCAAAUCCGAAUGCAUCUGCGAAGGACCUCCAGCGCGACCGCGAUAUAGACUCGAAAUUGAAGAAACAACCACCGUUGCCCACCCACCUCAAAGAGCACGCACGGCGGACGUCAAGAGUAGACGUCGAGAUGUUGUAUGCAGACUCGCCGAUCGACGCGUCCCUCCUGUCCCUCUACGUACACCAGAACUACACGCAAUACUCCAACGACCUCAGCGAGUGCGACACGCUCGCAGAUUGGCUGAGCUGGAUCGACGCGAACGGGGCGGAGAGUUGGCACCAAGCGAACCCUCAUCGCUUCCACCUCCUCGCACUCAGCACCCUACAUUCUCUGCCUUCCCCUGUGCAGCGUCGGAAUCAGAAGCCGUACAAGCCCGUGUUCUUCGAGACGCUGCAGCGCGAGCGGGACGCAGAGGAUGGGCUGCGGGAUGUACAAGACUGGCUCCUGCGUGACGCGGAGUUGGGUGCUGGGGCUUGGAGCAGACGAAACAUCGCGCUCGAAAUCGGAGGUGUCCUGAAGGCGAGAGAUCUCGCUGGUCGCCGUCCAAAUUCUGCUCCGCCCACCCACCGGAUGUUCUCGAGGCUUGAGUUCAGUCAGGGCUCCGCCGGUCCUGUGCAGCUGUCGGAGGAUGGAGGCGACACGCCGGAGGACGACCCUGACGUGGACGAGGGACCAGUCUCUGGGAGCCGAGCUGCAGAGGCCGAAGAAGAGUCGCGGGCGCAUGGAUGGCUUGAGGACGACGAUAUCGAGGAGUUCUAGGUCGAUGAUGUCCGUUGUAACACUACGCUCUAUGGUGCUGUGCUUCAUCUUUCUACGAUCCUAAUGCUAUUGAGAUCUUGGCGUUCGUGCACCCACCUGGACAUCAGUCACGCCGGUACAUGGCUCAGGCCUUACUGCCAGCCAUCCGACGUCCUUCAGGCCAUGUUUUCCAACAUCUGGCCGUGCUUCGUCUUCACCACCGCGCUCGCAUCCGGUUCGGGCGGAGCCUGAGGGAGUGCGGCGCGUCGUGCGGAACCCUCCGGGCUCGACGACGCAUGGCGGGAAAAGGCACUUGUCUUGAUGUGUCAGCUAGGAUUGAAUAGUGCCUCGG